GAACUCUAAACUCAUCUCCCUCCUUCACCAACAUUCCUCCAAUUUUCUCUAAACUACCACAAAACAAUGGCUGCUGAUCUCGAACAUGCCACAUCGACCUCAUAUUCUCUUUUGCCGGAUUCCGACCACCACCUCCACCCACCGUCGAUCUCUCAACGACGACGACCCCUCACCCUCUUGUCCUCGAUCUUUCUCUCCAUGUUAAUAUUUUCGUCUUUAAUAGCUCUCAUCCUCAACCGACAUAGUCAACCCCAUACUGUAGACGAUGAAACCGGCGACAGAGCUCCGGCGAACGAGGCUUUUAAACCCAUUUCAAGAGGAGUGUCUCAAGGGGUGUCGGAGAAGAGUAAUUUCCAGCUGUCAUCUUCCGGCGUUGAGGACAUAUACCCUUGGACCAAUGCCAUGUUGUCUUGGCAAAGAACAGGCUUCCAUUUUCAACCUCCGAAAAACUGGAUGAAUGAUCCCAACGGUCCAUUGUAUCACAUGGGAUGGUACCAUUUGUUCUAUCAAUACAACCCGGAUGCAGCAGUAUGGGGAAACAUCACAUGGGGACACGCAAUAUCAAAGGAUCUGAUCAAUUGGCAACAUCUCCCGUUUGCUAUGGUUCCUGAUCAGUGGUACGAUAUCAACGGCGUCUGGACAGGAUCUGCUACACUCCUCCAUGAUGGUAAGAUCGUUAUGUUGUAUACCGGGGACACCGAUCAGGAAGUGCAGGUGCAAAACUUAGCAUACCCCGCCAACCUAUCGGAUCCCCUCCUCCUAGAUUGGGUCAAGUACCCGGGUAACCCAGUUUUGCUACCACCACCCGGCAUUGGCGCUAAGGAUUUUAGGGAUCCAACUACCGCUUGGUUCAACCCAAAUGGAAAAUGGCGGGUCGGGUUAGGGUCCAAGGUUAACAAGACGGGUAUUACACUUGUUUAUGAAACAACAGAUUUCACGAGCUUUGAGUUGUUGGAUAAUGUGAUGCAUGCAGUUCCCGGUACGGGUAUGUGGGAGUGUGUUGACUUUUAUCCGGUGUCAACAACGCAGUCAAACGGGUUGGAUACAUCUGUCAAUGGAAGGGGUAUUAAGCAUGUGCUGAAAUCAAGUUUAGAUGAUAAUAAACAUGAUUAUUAUGCACUUGGGACGUAUGACUCGAUUAGUGACAAAUGGACACCCGAUAAUUAUGAGUUAGAUGUGGGUAUAGGACUACGACUUGAUUAUGGAAAAUAUUAUGCAUCAAAGACUUUUUAUGACCAAAGUACUCAAAGAAGAAUUCUAUGGGGUUGGACUGGUGAAACCGAUAGUGAAGCUGCCGAUAUUUUGAAGGGAUGGGCCUCCGUUCAGACCAUUCCAAGAGAAGUGGUGUUUGACAAAAAGACCGGGACGAAUAUACUUCAAUGGCCAGUUAAAGAGGUUGAGAAGUUGAGAGUCAAAAAUUCGAAAUUUCGAAAAGUUUUGCUUAAACCGGGAUCUCUUGUGCCACUUGAAGUAGGCUUAGCUACACAGUUAGACAUACUAGCAACGUUUGAUAUCGAUACGACAACAGUAGAGGCGGCAAUUGAGGCGGAUGUGGGUUACAAUUGCACCACAAGUGGUGGUUCCACCGCCAGAGGAGUUUUUGGACCUUUUGGAUUAAUAGUUGUUGCAGAUGAAUCACUCACUGAGCAAACUCCUGUCUAUUUUUAUAUUGCUAAAGGUGCUGAUGGGGUUGCUACUACUUAUUUUUGUGCCGAUGAAUCCAAAUCAUCAACGGCUGCGGAUGUCACAAAAAUAAUCUAUGGGAGCAGUGUUCCUGUUCUACAUGGUGAAAAUUUUAGCAUGAGAUUAUUGGUUGAUCAUUCCAUAGUGGAAAGUUUUGCUCAAGGUGGAAGGACGGUUAUAACCUCAAGGGUAUAUCCAACAAUGGCAAUUUACAGCGCAGCAAAGGUCUUCCUAUUCAAUAAUGCUACAGGAAUAAGUGUAACGGCAAACGUAAAUGUAUGGAAAAUGAACUCAGCCCAGAUCGAUUAUUUCCCCCUUGGCCAACAUUAAAACGACAAGCAUACGACUAUAUUAGUCAAUAUAUGGAAUCAUUAUUUUUCUAAAUCUGGGGUUACAUAAUUAU